UAUAUACAGGCCAGCGAAUAUUGACCACUGAUGAAAACACGGGAGAACGCGCGUCAGAACAAGCGACAUUAACGCGAGGACAUCGAGACGAGAGGAGAGCCCCACAUGGCCCACGUCUGGCAGAGCCACACGCGGAGCAGCAGCAGGGCUGACCAGGAGAAGCAUCACGUGAUCCUGCCAGAGCUACAGACGGACUAGCAGAUCGGCAGCGCACGGAGCGGAGUGCGGUCGGGCCCUCACCGUAUCCUCGAAUGGACGGCGGCCAGCGAACCCGACGAAUCUAUCACAGUUUCGCCUGCUCGGCAUCAAGAAUGUACGCCUUGCGACUGGCUUAAGGAACAAAACAAGAUCGCUUAGGCCAUGCGAGAGGUGCCGAGGGCUCUUGCAGUGUUGGCAAAGGCCAACAUGGCGCCCCAGCCUUGUCUGCCCCGCUACAAAGAGACUCGCUGCUGCUCCCAUCGAAGUCGCAGCCGUGCAGUGCAUCUUCAAGGCUAGCUGGACCAUGGAGCUUAUCUUGAGCUGAUCACUUGCAUGUCAAGAACUCAACUAUACAAGGACUUGUAUUGGUGGCUGUUGUGUUAAGUGCAAGCCUGGCUACGCCAACAGUGAAGUUGACCGCAUUGUCCUAUAUUGCUGUGCUAUACAAGGACUUGUAUUGGUGGCUGUUGUGUCAAGUGCAAGCCUGGCUACGCCAACAGUGAAAUUGACUGCAUUGUCCUAUAUUGCUGUGGUUAACUAUACAAGGACUUGUAUUGGUGGCUGUUGUGUUAAGUGCAAGCCUGGCUACGCCAACAGUGAAGUUGACCGCGUUGUCCUAUAUUGCUGUGGUUAACUAUAGAAGGACUUGUAUUGGUGGCUGUUGUGUCAAGUGCAAGCCUGGCUACGCCAACAGUGAAGUUGACCGCAUUAUCCUAUAUUGCUGUGGUUGGAGAUAGGACAGCCAACAAAAUGAAGCCUGGAUUUCUCGCCAUGCCUAAUUACAGAUGUGAGAGCUGUGCAUUUGUUGGCAAGAACAGAAAGCACCUGGCCAAUCAUGUAGCCUUAAACCAUAGCACCCGUGUUUAUCGGUGCAGCCUGUGCGCAUUUGUUACUCGCUACCAGGCCAACUUUUACAGGCACAGGCGAAGCAUUCACAAGCUGAAUAGUGCCAAUGUAUGUGAGAUGUGUGGCCAGUUGUGUGACAACCAAGAUGAGCUUGUAGCACAUACUUCAAAUGAACACCCACAGUUUUUGGAUGUGCUUCUGAGGAAGCUAGAAGCUAAGAGAAUACGGUAUGCCAAGUAUGCUGCUAAAGUGAAUGUAGGGGAUGAAGAAAAUGCCCAUGCAGCAGUAGAACAAGUACCUGAGAAGAACUUUUUGCCGGAGGUGGUUACUGGUGACGUCGCGGAUGAAGCCCACUCAGAAAAUGGUGUGUCCGAAGAGCAGAGUGAAGGUGUUGGACAGUCGAGGAAGAGACCACGUGAGAGUUCUCCGCCUGCAUCCAGCAAAAAGGGGCGGACCGGGAGGCGAACCUACACAUGUCCUGAAUGUGAUUUGAUAACCAAAUGGCCGCGAGAGUUUCUCAGCCAUAGGAGAGAUGUCCAUGGAGAUCGAAUAAGCAUCCAUGACUGCCCUUUUUGCGAGUAUGCAUCUAAACAGCCACAGAAACUUCAGAGACAUUGCAAUAUUGUCCACAAGGAAGAAAUGAACAGUGAAAAUCAGAGACGUUUUGUCAAGACGGUGUCACCAGCAGCAUCGCAAGCUCCCUCAACUGAAGCCAGGGUGCACAUUCAAGAGAAGCUCUUCAAGUGCAGCAGCUGCAACUUCCAUGCCAGGAGCAAAGUUCAUGUGGAAGAACAUGAAAAGACAGUGCAUCUAAAACGGCGGUUCUACCGUUGCCAGCAGUGUGGCUAUGUGUGUCAUGAGAAAGGUCGUUAUACUCGCCAUUUGCGUUUUCACAGUUUGCCGAAGAUCAAAUGCCAGUUCUGCAACUUUCAGACUUGCUACAAAUGGAACAUGGACAGACACCUCAAGUACCACACUUCAGAUGGCGAGUUUCGUUGCAACAAAUGUGGCUUUAUGACUAUGUCUCGUAAAAGCCUCACUGCCCAUUGCUUGCAUCAUCAUAAUGAACUUUUGAAAGAUACUUCAGCUAGUGAAGGAGAAAAUAGCGAACAUGAAAAUGUAGAUGAUGAUGAUGACAGGCUCAUGAUUGAUGAAGAUGCUGGAGAAGACUCUGCUUUGCCACCACCGCUCAGAAUGACUCUGAAGCGAUCUGGCGAGACUGCUGUUGUGGAGACAAAUGAUGGGGCAAUGCGGAAGUGUCGAUACUGUCCUCAGCAAGUCUUGUGGCCAUCUGAGCUCAAAAGACAUGAGGCAACUCAUUUUAAAAUGAAUAAGAAACAUGGCUGUCCUCUUUGUCACAUUCGCUUUGACCAACUUGACCACCUUGAGCAGCAUGUAAUGCUUGACCACCAGGAAGAACCAUCUGAAAAGAACAGCACUGACACCAAUUCUGGUACAACAAGUGCACCCAUCAUCAUAGAAUUGGGAAAGACUGAUGAUUCAUCAGCUCGAGCUAGCUAUUCAGGUUCUACUCAAGCCCUUGACAUCUCUAUAAAGAGCAAACAGCCUAUGCACACCUGCCAACGUUGUGGCUAUACCACGCGAUGGAUUUCAGAACUGAGAAAGCACGAGUUGGUCCACGGAAACUUAAAACCCUUCAAGUGCACCUACUGUUCUUACACAAGUCGUUGGAAAGGUGACAUGACACGCCAUGUUUUCCGUAUGCACAAGGAGAAUACUGGAGGAGCUGACGGUAGCCCUAGUGGAGAUGUAGAACAAGCUAAGUCCAGCCAUGUAUUGCGAUUUUUGCUGUCUCAGCCUAAAAAUGCUGACCAUGAUUACGACUCAAAGGGUGCAGAAGCAUCUGGCAGCAAGGACAGCGGAGCUAUGACUGGAAAGUUUGUUGGAAAGCCUCUCGAAGGUCAGUGUUCAUACCAGACUGCUUCAGGAGUGCCCAGGAUUGUCCAGAAGUACAAGUGUCCCCAGUGUUCAUUUCUGACUCGCACAGCCUCACGAUUUCAUGUGCACAUGAUACAGCACCUCAACAAGAGACCAUUCAUGUGCUCAGCUUGCAACUAUCGCUCUAACUGGCAAUGGGAUGUCAAUAAGCACAUCAAAUCAAAGUCUGCAAAUGACUUCAAGCACAAGAAGGCUGAAUUGGUGGUCAUGGAUGAAACUGGAUUUAAAAAUUAUGCAAAGUACAAGGUUCAUCUUGUGAAUGUAGAAGAAUCAUCAAAAGGUGAUAAAGUACUUCAGUCUACGCCAUCUCCCAAGCCUAGUUCUAGUUCAGAGGAAGUGCAACUGAUCCGCCCUGAUGAAACAGAGAACAUUGUAGUAACACCUGACAUACUGUACGGUGACCAAGAUUACCAGGAUGACUUGGUUAGCCCGCUACCUGAAAUUAGUGGACACCAACAGCUCUUAUGUUGUGGCCACUGCAGCUUUAGUCACACUGAUCGCAAAGUGGUUAUUGCCCAUUUAGGCACCCAUACAUCAGUAAAACCUUAUCGUUGCCGCCUUUGUGGCUUCGUUUCAAAGUGGUACCACAUUGUUCUGAUGCACGUGAAGCAUCGGCAUAAAACAGGCCCAAAAGACAUCGAAAGCAAGGUUUCUUUUGUGGAGGAAGGUAUCACAUUUCGUUUAAAAGAAGAAGAAGAGCCUGCUGCACCGCCUGCACCACAAAGUGCAGAACAAAAGAAUAUAAAGUGCACCAUGUGCCCUUACCGAUGCUCUAAGGUGUGCCACAUGGAGUUCCAUAUGAAACAGCAUGUGCCGAGAGAAGGGGCCGUUUUCAAAUGCAAACACUGCCCGUACUAUGCCAAUGUCAAGAAGACUUUGUCACGUCACAUGAAACUUCAUACUGCAGAGCAGAAGCCAGCCACGGAAGCACUUCCUCGUUCACCUGUGAAGACGGAUAUGAAGAAACAUGCAUGCGAGCAUUGUCCAUACACAUCUGAUAACAAAACUCAGUACCUGUACCACAAGCAGUUUCAUCGGCCCAACAAGAAUGCUCCCCAUAAAUGCACUCACUGCAAUUACUGGUCAACCCACAGCCACCUAAUGGCCCAGCACCAAAAGAUACACAAAUCUGCAGAUGGAACGAUAUUGGAUGGAGCGUCAUACAGCGGUGGCAUCCAAGCAAUGACAACAAUGGUGAAUGGCACUGCACGCCGCAUGUUCAAGUGUCGGUUCUGUCCUCUGACCAACAAGCGCAGGGCUAAUGUGAAGAUUCAUGAACGUAUGCACACUGCAUCGAAGGGAGCGAAAUUCCAGUGUGUUCUUUGCAGCUACCGAUGCAACAACACUGGAGUUCUCGCCAGCCAUAUGAAGCUGCACAAAGCGGACAACCCAUCCUUGGACUUGAACAGAAUGAAGACAUUUUGUGAAAACCUUAAUGCACUGCCUCCCAGGCCAGCUGUUGCCAAAAAGUCUGCUCCAGAGGCAGCAGCUACAGCAGUGCAAAGGUCAGAGUUCACUGCAAUGAAGGACAGGUUGAAAGUGCCACCACGCAAAAAGAUAUUUAGCUACUUUUGUGACAAGUGUCCUGCCAUGUUCAAGAGCCACACGGACUUGGACACACACAGGACGUACCAUAACUCUGCUCAUCUCUAUCCGUGCCACUUAUGUGAUUACAGAGCCAGACACAAGCCUCAUCUGCACAAGCACCUUCUUGUCCACACACCAGAAUACGCUGAACGCCAGAACGGCUUUACGUUGGCUGAGAUUCGUAACCAAGAUCGCAGUCAGCAUAUCCAGCCUGAGGCCCCAGCUGCUCCGGCUGCAGUCGCUGCUGAUCAAAUGUUACUUCUGGAGAAGGCCGAGACGCGUGCCUUUGUGGAUGCUGGCUCUCAGGGCUUGGGAGUCCAACUGCACCGAUGCACUCGUUGCCCUGCAGCCUUUCAGAAGGCUACUACACUUGAGUACCACAUUAGUCUGCAUGGUAGCCCAGGUGUGUAUGCCUGCCACUUCUGCAACUAUGCUGCCAACAGUGCAGCUAAUGUGAGUGCACACACACACCUUCACUACAGAGGUGCACUGAAGCAGAAACAGCCUCCCAAAAUGUUCCGAUGUGACAAGUGCCCUGCAUCAUUUUCAAAGUACAAUCGCUUUGAAAGUCACCUUACCCUCCAUGGACGCAAUGAACGAUUUCGUUGUUCACACUGUGACUAUUCAGUCAAGUUUGCAGCAAACCUUGUUAAGCAUCGCAAGCUUCAUGAAGUUCUUGUGCCCGAGUCCGAGAACACAAGAGCAAAGUCUCCCACACCACCUGUGGUUACAAGCACACCUCAGCCAUCUGAGAAAGGGGCUGAGCCCAGUCCUGCUGCGUCUCCAUCAGACAGUGCAGCAGCUGCUCCUGCACCAGCAGCUGUUGAGGAAAAACGUGUUUACAUCUGCAGCCGAUGCCCAUAUGCAUUCCACCGACAUGAGACUGUUGUGAAUCACCUUCAGCGCCACAGCACUUCAGAGGGACUGUGCUGUACCUUCUGUGAUUACCGUUCUGUGCAUAUGUCGACUCUACGAGACCAUGCAAGGUGUCAUUUUCAGCCAAUGCGCCACUACAAGCCACAGGCAUACAUGAAAUGCGAUUCAUUGGAGAUUUGGAGUACGGCCAGUGAUGGCACCAGGACAUUGCUGUUUCGGGAUGAUGGAGAUGAUAAUUAUUGCCCGAAACUUGAUGAAUGUGAUGAUGCUGGUGAAGAUGAUGCAACACCAUCGAGCCCCACUUCAUCAACACCAACAUCCUCUACAUCAAGUUCGUCUUCAACAGUGUCCAGCUCUCCUGAACUACGCUUGAAUAAUAAAGAUCUUGAGCCUCCACUCAUGGUACCUGUGAAGCAAGAGCUAGAUGAUGUAGUUUUGGCAAGCAAGGAAACGCUUGAGGACUUAGUGAGCAGUGUUGUUGUGCUCAAUGAUUCAAAAGAAGACAUGCCUCCAGGUUGUAAGACACAAGUAGUGAACAUUGUUGUCUUGGAUGGCACGAAACAACUGAAUGAAAUGGAAGAAGCUGAAGUUGCACAUACAGAGCACAAGAGUGAAAGCGAAACUGAAUGCAAGGAAGAUGGAGAAAGUGCGCAGGAUCUCUUUAAUCGUAUUUGCAAUCCUGACGCCAUGGAGUAUGAAGACAUGGAAGAUGAAAAGGAUGUGUACUGUGAAGCAAUGGAUGAGGAUCCGGACAUUGCUGAUGAGGUGGAAUGUGAAACUACUGAGGAGGAUUCUGCUGACCGUAGAGCACUUGUUGCUGACACAGACUCAUUGCUGAAGGCUUCUGUUAAGCAUUGUGACCACAAUGAGUUUUUGGAUAUAAGUGAAGCAGGUGAAAGUGAAGUGGCUUCAGAAUGUAAGGACACAUUACUGCAUAGUAUAGAGCAGAACAGUGAGCUUGCAACAACAGAUGUCCUAGAUGAUUCAGAAGCCUCAGCUGCUGUUACUGAUGAAUGCCUGAAACAGGUGUUAAAAAUGGACAUAUCCUCCUGAUAGAAACAUUUCCUGCGACGUAAAUAAACUUGAAAUUAGCAGAACUAGUUGCUCCUCUAAUAUUUCUGAUUUGCAAGACAGUACAGUCGUAGAAGCUGCUAGUGGUCAUCCAUGCAUUAGUCCAGGGGAAUCUGUCCUGUCAAAUUCGCCCAUUAAUCUGGAGCUGGAUGAGUGUGAUUUUGAAGGUGCAAGGUACAAUAUACAGCCCGAGGGGCACAGCCCAUGUGAAACGCAAAGUGAAUGUGAUGAUUUCCCAGGACCCAGUGCUGUGCAAAACUCUAAGCAAAGUUGUAUGUCAUUGAGCCACUGUCAAGAUGUCAGCUUAAAUGCCCAUAAAGAUAACUUCUGUGUGGCUGGAGAAGAUAGCAGGACAGAAGAUAGGGAAUCGGCUCAGUUACUGUCUGAUCUGCCAAGCUUGGAUGCCACAAAUAAAGAAAGUAGCUUUCAGGAAGUAAGGGAAGGAUCAGAAGCCGAUGAGAUGGAGCUUAGUCCAGGACAUGGCUGCCGGGAAGGACUAGAAGCUGAUGAAAUUGAUAAACUUCGGUUGGAUGCCGAUGCCGCCACUUGCCUAGUGCCAGAUGACGUAGUGGAAAUUGAAAUUGGUUCAUCACUGCCUACCUAUAAAACAGAUUCUGGUGAUGACACUGUGCUUGUACCACAGGACGUAUUUGAAAUGCAGUCACCUACUCUGCUUCAGCAUAGCAUCCUAGUUCCGGAGCCUGACCAAGGUGAUGGGCUAACUGAUGUAGCAGUGCAGGGGCCAUAUUCUGAAACAGUCCACUUCGGAGAUAGUAUUGCCUCGGCGACAAUAUCAUCGUCAGGCGUGCACUGAUUGGCUGGUUGAGCAAAAUUGGAUGAUGCCGUGCUCAACCAGCCAAUCGGCACGUGCUGUUGGCCAAGGUGAUAGUAUCGUCGAAGUGGAUGCUUUCAGAAUAUAGCCCCAGGGUGCUGCGACUUGGGAACUUUCUCCUGAGCACAGUGACAAAGGUGCUUCAGAUGUUGACAGUGUUUCAGGCAUGCUCGAUGUGGCAGUGUGAUGUUGCUGUAAAAAUGGUACUACUGUAAACAUUUCAUGUCACAGUAUUUUGCUAUGCUUUUUUAAGUGAAAGUCCAGUUAUUGUUUCCUCAAGUGAGUUACUUUAUUUCUUGUUAGUGAUUCUUCCCCCCCCCCCCCCCCCCCCCAAAUGUACAGACUUUUUAUUGUUUGAUUUGCUCUUAUGUGCACUGGUCCCCUUUACAUUUGUCAGUGUAGUUAGUGGGAUCACUUCUGGCUGCACAGUGUUGUGGAAUCAAUGUCAGUUGUGCUGUCAUUUGGUUAUGGCAGUGACAUGUUUUUCUUACCCAUUUAAUGGAAACACCUAAGGCCUUUUUAUAUAUAUAUAUACAUAUAAAUAUAUAUGAAGAAAACCUACUGCAGAAUUUUUUUUAGCAGUUGUGCUGAAUAGUGUACAAUGCUACUUGCAUUUUUGUAUUUAUAGACCAUUAUUGUGCCCUUUUAUAUACAUUUUUAUGCUUUGUUGCGUUUACAUAAUUGUGCACCGCAUAGUGAUUACUUGGAUAACUGUUGUGUUCUACAUGGUCUACUUUUAUUAACCAGUAUGUGUUGCAAGUCGCAUUUUUGAAGAAGCUGCAUUGUAUGGUUCUUUAUUUCUGUAAUUAAGCUUCUAAAAUUGUGCUAUGCUGUAAAAAUGAUGGAGCAGUAGUAGCAAGAGAGUUCACUAUAUGACUGUGGUCUUCAGUCCCUUGAGCUUGCAAGCUUUUUUUUUUUUCUCCCCUAGUCAAGUGUAGUAACUGGACUAUCGCAUAAGACUUGUGGUUGUGGGUAUGUCAAAGUGCACAUGUUGGUGCACAGUGUACAAUUGAAUGUGUGGUUUUUACCCAAUGUGUCCAACAUUUUCUUGUGUCCUCUCCCACUUUUUUUUGUAUUUAUCACUACUGUUGUGCAGAACUGUUGGCCGUGGUAGCUGCUCGUCUUUGAGUUGUUACAGGUUCACGCAUCAUUCAUGCGCUGUGUGUAUAGCCAUGUCAAGACAGCGAGUUGAAAUGUAUACAUGUGUGUGUUGGCAUGUCUUGGGGUGGGGGAAACACAUGGACCAUUUAUUUGUUGCAGCUACAGGUUCCUUACAUUGUGUGAUCUGCAUCUAGUUUGCGUGAAAAAAAAAUAUACUGAAAAGAGCAGCAUAAUUGCUUGAAAAAUUAUUGUCACAAGCUCAGGUCGAUUGUAAUAUUGAAUUGCUCCCGAACAUCGUGGAUUAAGUGGGUAGUGAAGGUACUAUGCCACUUUCGAGAGGUUCAAUAUUUUGUAAAAGCUAGUUCAACCAAAUCGUUUGUGGAGACCAAAAAGCCUGUAGAGAGAGGACUUUAAUUGUGCUUGGCCAUCGACAAUAAAGACAUCCAACUUCUUGCUUUAUA